AACUGAUACACCUGCCUUGGCCUUCCAAAGUGCUGGGAUUACAGGCUUGAGCCACUGCGCUCGGCCUGAAGCAUUUUAUCAUGCUCGCUACAAGGUGUUCAUAAGUAGUAAAUAAAGCCCUUGGGCUAGAUAAUGUAAGAUCCAUUGCAACCCGGAGAUGAAGAACUUUAUAAAGGGGAUAAUUGUUAUCACCCAUCAGAGUUUUAAGAUGAUCUACAUGUAGUCCCACUAAUUAUAUUUCUCCUAACUUUUAUAGACAGAGAAAUCAGUGAAAAAUAUGUAUUUCUAAGGAUUAAAUCCCAAUCCGUAGCUCAAGGCUACCUUUAUGUCUAAUAGUUGUGAUAUAAUAUGUUGCUUAGAGUAGUUCUAUAAAUGGAAUUCACACAUAGGACCAUAGAAUCACUUCUUCACAGGGUUUCAGAGUUGGUGGACAUAUAAAAGGAUAAAUCAACCCAUAAAUCUGUAAGUAUUCCUAAAAAAAGAGUGGUGUGUCAGUUAUUGGCACCAGUACAUGAUGAAUCCUGCUGGGCUGUGGAGAAAGGAGAAACUGACCUGAACAGCACUAUACUCUACACAGCUGUCCCUGACAUUCCACACCUGUUAGCAUUCAGUAUUAAUUUCAUGGAUCAAAUCAAGGCAUGCAAGUGCAUUAAAUAACUUUUUAAAAAACAACUGCUGAUUGCUGAGGGUCUGUGAGGGAAGAAAAAUUAGGGGCUGUUAUUUUCCUAUCAGCCAUUACUCUCAUUAACAAGAACAGGAAACAUUAUGAAUAAAUAAAACUCUUACAUCAUACCAGAAAAAACAGCUGAAUCCCCUAAAGGAUUUCAUAUUCUAUCAUCAGACAACUAAAGAAAAUAAUUCCAUAUAAAUGGCUGCAUUAAUCAUUGAAAGAAACUUCCCUGCUUUUUUAAAAGAGCAACUAGAAAUAUUUACUUUUUGAAAAUAGAGUAACCAUUUGUUAAGCCAUAUAUACCAUUGAGGAUGUUUUGGGUAUAAAAGGGAAUUUCCAUAAUAAUUACAUAGUAAUCUUUUAUAGCCAAAGUUAUGAAGAUGAUCAGAAUAUGGGAAAAUUGUGGUCAAGAUUUGAUUAGCCUUAUCUAAAUUCCCCUAAUGAGUGUGUAAAAAUGUAUAUCUAAUUUACCUCUUGGGGGAGGUUUAACGUAAAUAUAAAUAAAAAUUCUUUCCCCAGGUAAAAAAAAGUUACAUAGUUGAAUUCUACCUUUUCUCAUUUCUCUACAUCCAAACCUAUCACCAAGUACUGUUAAUUUUACUUUAUAAAGCUCUCUUGAUGUGUCUCUUCAACCUCAUCACCACUGCUUUAAAUGAGGCAUACUUCCUCAUUUGGAUUAUGGCAGCAGUCUCUCUUCCUUUAGUCUCUCCUUCAAAUCCACCUCCAUCCUUCAUAUCAUCCAUCAUGUAUUUUUCCCUGUCUAAAUUCCUUGGUUGGCUUCUAUUAAAUCCAAGUUCCUUAAGCAUGGCAAACAGGGUCCAGCUUCCACGAGCUGGUCCAUACUUCUCCUGCCUCAUUUCCUGACACUUUCCCUUAUACCUUGAGAUCCAGCUCGCCAGUAGUUCCCCAAUACCUCCACCGCAUAUACAACCACAUAUAUAUACAUCCUUAUCCCCUCCCUCAUGUACCACCCAUGUAUAAUUCUCUCCAUCUCAUGCUUUAUCACAUUCCUACAAGCCUUGAAGCAAUAUGAACAUAGAUACCAUCUUUAAUUCGACUCCUAAUUGGGGCUGAACAUACUUGUCUUGAACAGAGAUUGCUGCCUUGUUAGUAUAGGUAUCCUAAUAUGGCACAUGUAUAUAGUUGAAGCUAUAACGCAUUCCCCAAGUUCCACUUCAGGACUAAAGGGUUAUUUCCCAGCGGCUGGAAGUCCUGCUGCCAGACAGACUUCUUCUGGAAUUACCUUGUCCCCAACUCAAGACAACCCUGAAGGACCUUUCCCAGUUUUCCAUGGGGUCCACUGAGGCUUUGAGAUUGAACUGAAAUUAACUUCCCCCUCUGCUGUAGCUUCCCUUCAACAGGUGUUUAUCACAAGAACAAUUGCUAAUAAACUUCCUGUGAGCACACUCUCAGAGUCAGCUUGCUGGGGAACCCAAGCUGUAACAACAUGUUUAUCUUGUUGAUACUCUCUUAUGAGUUCUAAAUCAUGGGAAGUUAUGGUUAUCCAAAAAUCUUACUAAUUGAAGAUCAUUUCAUCAGACAUGUAUUGAGCACCUGCUCCAUGCCAGGCAUUGUGCCAGAUACAAUGGAAACAAAUCAAGACUUGGCCCCUGUCGUGGAGUUUACAGUCUGAGGUGACAGUUACAUAUGGAACUAAUUGUACUAUAGCAUCUUGAGAAUCUUUUUGAUUUAAACAUCAAUAAUUUUAGUAUAACAGUCAAAAGCAUGGAUUUUGUGGUGUUACAAAACACAAAAAGAAAACAUUUCAGGGGAAGGAAUACGAAUAUAAGUAAGUUGAAUGAAAUUUUAGAAGAGCACAGAGUUUGUCUUUAUAAUUCUGAAAGCCUUCAGGGAAAAGUUAAUUUUUUCACUUUUUGUUUUGAAAUAAUUUCAAACUUACAGAAAAGUCACAUGAAUACUGAACUCCCAUAUACCCUUUAUGCAGAUAUAUCAGUUUUUAACGUUUUCCUUCAUUCUGUUUCUUUACACGCAUACAAUUUAUUUUUGUGAACUAUCUGAGAAUAGGUUAAAUACUACAUUAUAUCACUUUAUACCUUAAAAAUGUAGUAUUUCCUAGAAACAAGGGUAUUUACCUCUGUAACCACAAUGCAGUUGUCAGAUUCAGGUAAUUUGACGUUGAUCUUUAAUCUAGAGCCCAGAUUCAGAUUUUAUUAAUUGUCCCAAAAAAGAUGAGUUUAGGAAGAGUCAUAUAACUUAACAUUUGUAAUGUAAAUUAAAAAUUAUAUGAAAAAUCAUAGAAGAUCUCGGAAGUUUGCUAACCUGAUUUAAAUACCACAGUGAAAUGAACCACUUCUGAUUUUCUAUGGAGAAAGCAAGGAUUAGGUCCAGGUUACCUGUAAAGCUGUGACUUAGGGCUCCCAGAAGUGAACGUUGCUCUGGAGAGCCCAUUUGGUGAGGUUCUUUUCAAGAGAUUGUAUAUUUUUGACCCAGGGAUUGUCGAUUUGUUGAACUCCCAUGUAAGUAUGCCGCCUUGCCAUUAACAGGUCUUCACAAUGCUUAAACGACAUUCUUUGGAACUGUCUUUCAUAGUCAGGCGCCCCGCCAGCCAGGCGGUCAGGUAGGUAGAAGGGCAACCUCAGGAACUAGAUCCAGCUGGGCCUCCCCUAACAACGUGGUCUUCGAUCCUCUAACCGGCUGGGCCUCGAACCUCAUCACACAGAGCUUUGAUAGGGCCGGGGACGCAGGUCAGCCUGACGAAGGCGUCAGGAGGAGUUGGGCAGGGGCGCGACUUCCUGCUGCACCACUUCCUUUCCAGCCACGCGAGCUUCUGGGACCCUAUGACAUAAUUUCUGGAAUGGUCUGUUUUGUGGCGGCGGCGAGGCCCGAGCACAGCCGCCCAAGGGGGAUGCAUAACCCAGGUCGUGUCCACCCCAAAGCUGGAGUCCUCUAGAAGCCAUGGCUUUUCCGCUGAAGCUAGAGCUGGACAUGCAGGGGAAAGUACAUUUGUUUCGGGCCUGUAUCGCCCAGGAGGCCGAGGAUCUCGUGUCCGCCUUCUUUCCUCAGGAGGUCUUGGAGCUGAAUAGCCAAGUUCAGGAGCUCCGGCUGCAAGACCUGUCCAGAAUCCAUUCGGUGCCAACCCCGGAGCCCCUGGCCACCCCAGGCACCGUGGGAGAUGGGCCCAACCAAAAUCUGCCACCUCUGCAGACUCAGUUCUCCAUCGAGGUCCCAGCACUGCUUGGCAGCGGGGGACAGCGCCUGCGGAGCAACCAGCAUGUAAUGGAUCUGAUUGAUCAGGUAAAACCUGAGACUGAGCUGCUGAAAGAAAAAUGCAACACAGUGCGGAUAUGGGUGCACCUGCUUAUCCCGAAGGUGGAGGACGGCAACCACUGCAGGGUGUCUGGAUAUCCAGAAAGACACUGUGGACCAGCUGUGGACUGUGGAGAGCACAGCGGCCUCCUAUCUACGCGGUCUCAACCAUUAAUAAAUAACUGUGUGAUCAAUUUAAGUGAUUUUUAAUUUCAGGCCAGAUGCGGUGGCUCAUACCUGUAAUC